AUGAUUAAAGAGGAGACCAGUCUGUUCUAUAAUAUCUCUCCCCUCCCCGCCUCUCUCUCUCUCUCUCUCUCGCUCGCUCUCUCUCUCUCUCUCCCUCUCUCUCUCUCUCUCUCUCUCUCUCUCUCUCUCUCUCUCUCUCUCUCUCUCUCUCUCUCUCUCUCUCUCUCUCUCUCUCUCUCUCUCUCUCUCUCUCUCUCUCAGGGGCUGAUUGGCCGGGAGCCCUUCCCCCUGCCCCCCGCCCCUCUCCCCCUCAACCUUGAUUGGGGCGAGGGUUACUAUGAAGAAGCCCAGCCCUAUGAGGAGACCAUCAAUGACGAGGGCGACGCGCUGAGCAGCUCCUACGAGUCUUACGACGAGGAGGAGGCGGUCGUCCGCGGCAACGCCCCGUGCCCGUCGGCGCAGCACCAGUGGCCGUCGGCCGAGGCGUCCAUCGAGCUGGUGAGGGACGCCCGCAUCUGCGCCUUCCUGUGGAGGAAGAAGUGGCUGGGCCAGUGGGCCAAGCAGCUGUGCGUCAUCAAGGACUGCCGCCUCCAGUGCUACAAGAGCUCCAAGGAGCAGACGCCCCUGCUGGACGUGAGCCUGCUGGGCUGCAGCGUGGUCUACAAGGAGAAGCAGGUGAAGAGGAAGGAGCACAGCCUGAAGAUCGUCCCCCUGGGGGGGGAGGCCAUCGUCCUGGCCCUGCAGAGCAAGGAGCAGACGGAGCAGUGGCUCAAGGUCAUCCAGGAGAUAAGUCCCAGACAAACAGAGAACUGUGAAACCCAGCACACCAGCUCAGAUACCUCCAGGCUCAUCUGCACCAAGGGGGAGAUAAGUGAAAGACACUCCGUCGCGUCAGAGAGCGGCAGCAGCACAGACAGCCACGCCGAGACCCCCGACCCCAAAGACGUAAAGAAGAAAUAUGGUGCCGGCCUGAAGUUCAACCUAAUGAACAUAGGCAAGAAGAAGACAUUGCUAGACAGCCCAGAGAAAUGUGUCGACACUUCAGGCUACCUCAACGUGCUGGUGAACAGUCAGUGGCGCAGCAGGUGGUGCCUGAUCCGGGACGGCCAGCUGUGGUUCUACUCUGACAAGGGGAAGGGGAAGGUGAGCCAGCCGGCCGUGGCCCUGGGGGGCUGCAGCGUGGUGCCCCUCCCCAGCCCGGAGCACCUCUACACCUUCAGGAUCGAGCUGGACGGCACCGAGCUGGCCACCCUGGAGGCUAAGACCUCAGCAGACAUGGGCCAGUGGCUGGGCUUCCUGCUGUGCCAGACGGGGACCCGGAUGGAGCCUGAGGACCUGACCUACGACUACGUCAACAGCGAGAGGAUCUCCACCAUCAUCAACGCUGCCAAGUCCUCCAUGUCCUUAAUGCAGAGGAGGUUCUCGGAGCCCAACGCGUACAUAGACAGCGGCGUCCUGGGGCCCCAGCUCUCAGACGACCUGUAUGACGACGUGGCCUCCAUAGGGGCCGAGCCAGAGGAGGGCGAAGGAAGCGAACUUCCUGUCAGUUACGAAGAAGGCUUCCAGGAAGUCACCGCCACCAACACCAACGACCCCCCCUCUCCCGAGAUGGUGUCUGCGGGACCUCCUCCUCCUCCUCCUUCUCCACCUCCUCCUCCCAUAGAGGAGGCGCCGGUGCCCUCAGACAACCAGGAGUCCGAUGAUGACGCUGUCGUCUUGGGCCUGACACGGGUGCGUUCGUUCCUCCAUACCAGCGGGGGCAAAACACCUCCCCUGAGAGAGGUGGCGUCGUCCCUAGCAACGGCGAGAGAGACGCUUCCGUUGGAGGAUUCUACGGCGGCCCAGACGGAGCUGGAUCCAAGCAACCAUGUGGAGGAAGAGCCCCAACACAGAACCCCAGAGCCCCGGCGCAGAACCCCAGAGCCCCAGCGCAGAACCCCAGAGCCCCAGCGCAGAACCCCAGAGCCCCAGCACACGACCGAGACCCCCGUCCCGGUCUCCGCCGAGGCCAGCCGACCAGAGGGGCUCUCCAGCCCCCUCAGACCCCCGUGCCAGCCGCACCGAAACCCCCCUCCGCCUCCUCCCCAGAGCCAGGGGCCCGCCACCGGGCCUGCUCCUCCCCCUGUCCCCUCCCCUGUGCUGCCGGCCCCCCACUGCACCCUCGGCCCAGGGGCCAGCGUGGCCCACAAGGCCCCUCAGCACGGCCAAGCAGGGGGGCGCUGCUCCCCAGGCCAGCCGCCGCUCAGCCCCCAGCCACCACGCUUCCGGAUCCUCUGUGUCGGAGCGGUUUCAAAGACCUUGCCCUCAGGCGGUCCCGGAGCGGUCGAGGUAAAACUCGGCAAGAACCGCACGGAGGCGGACGUGAGGCGCUACUCGGAGGAGCGCGACCGCCUGGAGAAGCAGCGGGAGGAGGUGAGGAGCAGCCUGGCCAGCUUCAAGAAGGAGAGGAGGGAGGCCAGGGAGGAGCUCAACGCCUGCCAAGGAGACCCCGGGCGGAAGGCCUCACUGGAGGCCGUCUUGAAACAGAAGGACGAGGCGUGCCGGGAGGAGGAGCAUCGGAGGGUGGAGGUGGAGCUGAGGUUGAUGGAGGUCAGGGAGAGCCUCAGGAAGGUGGAGGCGGGGCCUUUCACCCUGGGCACCGCACUGGACAGCAGCCACCAGGAGCAGCACACGAGUAAGGCGUCGUCAGUGAUGCCAACGGUAGCCCCGCCCCCUCCACCCUCGACCAAUGGGAGCUGUGGAGACCCGGCGUCUCCGGUCAACUCUGCCACAGCGCUGAAGAACCGUCCCACGCCCAUGAUGUCCACCAGCAAGGUCAACGUCAUGCAGAAGGCCAAGGAAUGGGAGAAGAAGUCAACCUCCUAACUGAGGUGCAAGUCCUUCAGCAGGACCCUGAGAGCAGCACAGAGACAGACCUGGCCCCGUGGAUUAACCCUGCUUACAAGAUAAUUGGACCCCAGACCAACCGUCCCUGGAGCUCUGGAGCUCUCAGCCAGCCCCCGCGCCCAGAGACACAUGCACCCUGAGACGAAGGUCCAGUCCUCCCCAUGAACCCGACAGGACGGUCGCAGUUUUAAUCAUUUGGUUGUUUUACAUAAAGAAAUGUGAGAGGUUGAUGAGGGUGCAUUGUAGCCAGUGUUUUACCAUAGAACCCUGCGCACAUUGAAUGUAUUUCAAUAAUAAGGAAAAAAUAAGGACAACCCCCUAUAAUGUAUCGGACCACUGAAAGGAAGUCCCCAAACCCUAACGUGUUCUGGAGCAGCCCCUGCCCAAUCAGUUCAGUGACUUUAGCUUGGUUCACAUUGUACUGUGGCCGAGAUGUAAAUAUAUCUACUCCCUUAUUGUUCAAUCGUUUGUCUUGUAUUGCUAGCUAAACAUGCACUUUUUAUUCCAAUAAAUACAUAUUACUGAUGA